CAGCUCUUUUGUUCCUAUCUUGUUGCUUUGGUGAGUGAAAACUGUUCCGUUCCUGACAAUAAUGUUAUUUCUUCCUAUGACAGCAGGAUCACGCUGCGUUGUUUAUCUGCUCCGGUCAGGCUGCUUCUGUCUCCAUUAAAGCAUUUGCAGCUUGCUGCACAGGUUCAGGGCUUGUAUCAUCACACUAGGCUAUAAAAAGAGCCCGGGGAAGAGGAGUUUCAUGAGGUGCGGCCACUCUGGAGCUGAGACCACGAGCACGAGAUGGAUCACCAAUGCACCUGCCCUGGAGCAAGCAGAUAAAAAUGGGCUUCUUUGAAUUCGCCAAAGUUUUAAUGGUUGUGUACAACUUGUUAAUCCUGGUUGGUGGAGGAGGCUUGAUAGCUGUUGGGUUUUGGUUGCGUUUAACUGGAGAUGUACUGGGCUCAAACGCACUCGGAGUGUUUUCUAUAAACGCCAUAAAUACCAUCAAAGUUGACAUAUACUUCAUUGUUGUUGGAAUUAUAAUGGUCUUGCUGGGAUUUUUGGGUUGCUGUGGUGCGAAAAAAGAGAGCAAAUGUCUCCUGAUAAUGUUCUUUUCCAUCAUCGUCAUUAUUUUCAUCUCAGAGCUGACCCUUGGAAUGUUUGCGCUGGCCUAUUCUACACAUGUAAGUUUUGCUCUGAGGUCACGGCCUCCUCGUGUUCUUUCUGACUUUUCCUGUUACUGCCUAUUUUUAUUUGCAUCGCUAGUGAUCUCGGCUUUUAGCGGGCUCACUUUCCCAACAGUACUUUGUCCUGCCAUCGAAGACGGUGAUGGAUUAGCCAAGCUGAUUAAAACAUUUUUAAGCUCAUGGGGCAAACCUGUCCUGCAGGAUCAAUAUGGAAGAGAUUUUCACUUCACCAGCCUGUGGAACAUGACCAUGACGAAGUUGGACUGCUGUGGUUUUAAUAACUACACCGACUUCAUCGGCUCCUAUUAUUUGAAGCACUAUGGUGAGAUUUACCAUCCCAGCUGUUGUGAAAACACAACAUUCAUAUGUAAUUUGGAGAAUGCGCAGAACAGCAUGAUACCGGGCUGUUUUGCAUGGAUUUUACGAAGCCUAGAUGAAAGACUCUACAUUUUGGGAGCAGUUGCAGCAGGGGUUGGUGGUAUUGAGACUGGAGCGAUGUUUGUGUCCUUGUACCUGUUCUGUUACCUGGACAAAGAUGCCAGUUGAGUGAAUCAGAAUUAUACUUCUAGGGGGGAAAAAAAGCUUCCUCAAAAGGUUUUGAAUAAUUG